AGCAAGAGCAGGUGAGAGAGUAUUAAGCAGACAAGAGGAGAAGAGAGGGUAAAACAGAAGACAUAGUAUUUUCCUGUGAGGAAUAUCUCAGAUGUUCUUGUUUUUUAAGCAUUCUCAACAGAUCUAGAGACUAGAUGACCAGGUUUUACAUACCGCAGUGUCCUGUCUUGGAACUCUGACAGGAGUGGACACACACACACACUCAUACACACACUCCCUCUCUCGCACACACACCUGCAUACACAGAGGUAGACAUUCUCCAUCACUGUCUGCAACCCCCCUCGAUUGGACCAUGUCCACGUCCUCGUCUGGAUCGACCAACCACAACAAGCGUCAGUCAUUGGAGACAGAUAACUCUCAGAGGGUGUUGGACAAUGACUCAGCCCAUCAUCUGAAGCUAAGGGAGAGACAGCGCUUCUUUGAGGAGGUGUAUCAGCACGAUAUGGACUUCCUCCUGUCCUCGGCCCACCUGCACAUCGACAGCAGGAAACCUCCCAUGGGCAGUAUCUCUUCUAUGGAGGUGAACGUGGACAUGCUGGAGCAGAUGGACCUUAUGGACAUCUCUGACCAGGAAGCUCUGGAUGUGUUCCUCAACUCUGGGGCCGACGACAGCCCACUGGCCUCCCCUUUACCAGCAGAGGUAGACGAUGAAGAGGAAGACGAGGAAGACGAGAGCAAAGAGGUUGUCUACAGGGAGCGUGUGCCAACUUGCGACGGUUGCCAGGGUUCAAAAUCUCGCAUGUCAUCCACCUCUUCCGGUUCCAGUGACACCAGCGGGACCGACACCCAUGUGGUCCAAUCAGAUGACGAGGAGGUGCACGCAGACACCCUGUUGCUGACCUCCGUGCCUCGAACAAAAGAUGAAGAGACAGAGGAAGAAGAGGAAGAUGAGAGAGGCCUGUCCGCUCCGUUGUCAUAGAGACACAAGUCCCUCAGCUGCUCUGACUGUUGUCAAUGACAACAAGGAGAGGGUAAACAGACUAACUCAGAGAUCCAUACAUAUACAGUACCAUCACUUCCUCUUUCCACGUUACCCUGCGGACGCCCCUGGACUUACUUGUGGGAAACCCCUAGCAUGGAAAACCCUUGUUAUUGUUUGGUGUGUUGUUAUGGGUCAACCCACUGGGCACAGAUGGCAUUUAAGCAUCUAGUUUUUAUUUACAUUUGGUUGA